GUUUAACAAAUGGCACUACAAAAAGUGGACGUAUACAAAACCAGAAAUUAGUAGUGAGCAAUGUCUCUUAGGCUUAAGUCAUGUGUCUGAUAAAAUAAAUGAAAUACCAAACAAAUAAAACGAAAAUUACCAAUUAAAAAUCUAUAAACACCUACCUAGUAUAAAACAGUGAUGUGAUAGACGAUUUGUGGUUUUUAAAUUAGAAUAAUAAUUUUCUAGUCAGUGAUUGUGAAGUGUUUUCACCUUGAACUUUUUUAUACGAUAAUGUAUGUGUACGGGACCUUUUUGCUCCUAACUGCCACGAUCCCAGUUCUGACUUCAGUUAGAAAAAAUGAUGACCAUAUUUGCAGAUGGUCUGAGCAUAACUGCGGUGGUGGACACUGCAUCUCUUUGGACCACAAGUGUGAUGGCAUCCCACAAUGUCCAGAUGGGUCCGACGAAGCGGACUGUGGCGUUGUGGCGGAACUAAUGAUUGACGAGAAACCAGUAUUGGAUAGGACGAAGAGACAAGCAAAUCGUUGCCGGCGAGACCAGUGGCAGUGUCACGACGGUUCGUGCAUCGGUUUUGACGGCAAAUGCGACGGGAUCGUCGACUGUAGGGACGGCAGCGACGAAACGCAUCCCCUCUGCAGGAAUAACAAGUGUCAAAGCAAUUGGUUUAGGUGUACUUACGGCGCAUGCGUGGACGGAACGGCACCUUGUAACGGCAUACAGGAGUGCGCUGACAAUUCUGACGAACUUCUGCCUCGCUGCAGAAAUGCGACCAUUGAAGUCAAUGGCCAGUUCAAAUGCGACAAUGGCGAGAUGAUACCAGCAUCAAGCCAUUGCGAUGGUAUUGCGGAUUGUUCUGAUGGCUCCGACGAAAACAUCAAAGCUUGUGCAGGAAAAACAUGUUACUCGUACUUGUUCCAAUGUGCAUACGGAGCUUGUGUUGAUUCUGGGGCCGAUUGUAAUGGUAAACAAGAAUGCGCUGAUGGUAGCGACGAAUCCGAUGAGCUCUGCAACAGAUCUGGUGGUGGAACUGGACAAGGAUCUGGCGUCACGCCUCAACCCAAGCCAAACUCUGGCAAGUGCACCCUCCCCCCGUACCCAGCGCAUGGGCGUUACACCGUCAUGAACGCACCUAAUGCAAGCCCCGGUCAGACCGGAGAUCUUUAUGUCCUCAAUGUUACCUGCUAUCAGGGCUACGGUGCAAUGGGGGACACGCAAGUCUUCUGUGCAGAGGGCACAUGGACUCCUGAAACGCUACCAGAAUGCAUACGAUUCUGCAAACUAAACCGUCAUCCCAGUGUAGAACACAGUUGUCGGUUCACUAUCGGCGGAGUCGAAAGCAGUCGCCCUUGCAAUAACUACGAGCCACCAGGCACCGUCGCUUGGCCUGAAUGCGUCAAACCCAGCUACUUCUUCCUCGGAGAAUUGCCCACCAUGAGAUGUGGACAAGACGGAAGCUGGGACAAUAACCCAACUUGCACACCAGACUGCGGCCAAGUGACCCCUGAAGGAGCUGAGCUCAUCAUUGGAGGGAGGCGUGCCCGGCGCGGCGAGCUACCCUGGCAUGUCGGCAUUUACAAGAAGACCACCACCCCCUACAUGCAAAUCUGUGGAGGGUCCUUAGUCAGACCGAGUGUGGUCAUAUCCGCCGCCCACUGUUUCUGGAAUGACGAGAGCAAAGCACAACCAGCGAAGAACUACGCAGUGGCUGUUGGCAAGCUAUACCGGCCUUGGGACGACCCCAACGAUGACUCGCAGAAGGCUGAUGUGACAUCCAUCUACAUUCCGACGCGCUUUCGCGGCUCGGCAUCUAACUUCAUGGAAGACCUGGCGGUGUUGCUGUUGUCUGUAUCAUUCGUGUACAAGCCUCACAUUGCGCCAGUGUGUCUGGACUUUGAUGAGAACUUCGACCACUUGCAGCUAGCCGAGGGCACCAUAGGAAAGGUAGCCGGCUGGGGUCUAACUGAUGUGAACGGUCCAGCAUCACAGGUUCUCAAAGUGGUGGAGUUGCCUUUCGUCACAUACGACGUGUGCUUUAAUGAAUCGCCACCUAAUUUCCGAGCAUACAUUACUGGAGACAAAAUCUGUGCAGGGUAUAGGAACAAUGGCACGGCUGUCUGUAAAGGUGACAGCGGCGGAGGGUUUGUCAUUGCUCAAUACGAACGUGGGAAGUACCGAUAUUACCUCCGCGGAGUGGUGUCCACUGCUCCCAACGACGAGAAUCUCUGCAAUGCUAACACCAUAACCACUUUCACUCAUCUUAUUAAGCAUGCUCCUUUUAUAAAAAAUUACCUGUGAUGUAGUAAAUAAGCAUAAGUACCUACUCAUUGUAUUUUCAGAAGUUAAAGAACAAAAUAUAGGUACCUGGUUUUUAUUAAAGAUUUUUCUAUUUUCACAAAA